AUGCAGGCUCAAUUGCGAGAGAUCAGUUCCAAGUUUCACCAAGCCACCAGCUCAGCACCUGAAAUCGACCGUGUAAUCCAAGAAGCACAGAAAACACCGUUCACUUCCCGGAUCACCAACGUCCCCGUCCCAAACUUAGAAAAGUUUAAGCUACGGUCGUACGAGGGGAACUCCGAUCCGAGGCAUUUCCUUACCUCGUUCGGUAUCGUAAUUAACCGACUGAAGUUCACAUCGGCCGAACAGAAGGACGCGAUUCAAUGCCAGUUGUUCGUCGAGCACCUCGAAGGCAUUGCUCUGGACUGGUUCUCAAGAUUGGAGGCCGACUCCAUCGAUAACUACAAGGAACUCUCGACGAAGUUCGCAAAGCAUUUCUCGAUGUUCAUCGGGCAGAAAACUCGUAACUCCGAGCUGUGGGAGAUAUCACAGAGCGAGAAUGAGUCGCUCCGAGACUUCAUGGCACGUUUCAAACAGAUCAUAGCACACUGCACAGUGGACGAUGAAGCCGCUCUCGAGGUUUUGUACCAGAAAACGUGGUAUAAAUCCCCCUUUCACAAAGAACUUCGCAGGAACAGACCGCUCACCCUCGAGGACGCGCUCCAUAAGUCAAACAUCUUCAUCACGGAAGAAGAAGAAGAAGCCACCAAGGAUCGGCAGUAUUCAACGACAAAGCCAGGCCAAACGCCAGCCCCCAAGGAGAGCUCGGAAACGAAGACCCAGCCCGGGAAACCGCGCGGAGUAGUAAAUCAAGCUGGACCGUCGAACCAGAGGACAGGACGACCUCCAAAAUCUUGGAACACAUGGCACAAGGACGACGAUACGCCACUGAGUGAGCGUUUUUGCGAGUAUCACGAGCGAUAUGGGCAUAUCACGGAGGAAUGCCGACAUCUGAGGGAUUUCUUACUUCAACAGUUCCGCAAGGGCGAGAUCGACACCGCAGAUUUGCCUAAACCGGGACCUCGGCGGCCGAACCCGCGACCAAACAAGCCUGGCAAUCAAGAAGCUGCCAAGGCAACCGACUCCGAUGACGAACAGGUCGCUCCCCCGAAACGAGACCGGGAAGCACCUAAUAGAGAGCCAAACGUCCCAAAAACCAGGAAGAAGGUCAACAUGAUUAUGGGAGCCCUCGAAUCAUGCAACUAUUCCGUCCGAGCUCUCAAAGAAUACAGCCGACAAGCGUCGAGUUCGCAACCCCAGACAACGGUCACAACUGUACCAAUUUUAUUCACAGAAGCCGACCUGCGGGGAGUGCAUAUGCCUCACAAUGAUUGCCUCGUCGUCGAACUCCAGCUCGGAGAUGUCGAAGUCAGCAGAAUCUUAAUCGACACAGGGAGCUCGGUAAACGUCAUAUUCCGAGAGACAUUAAAGAACAUGGAUUUUCCGGACUCCGAGAUCAAGCCCUACAUGGAAUCAUUAACCGGGUUCACUGGAGAAAAAACAAGAACAGUAGGAACAGUGAAGAUAUCCAUCUAUGUCGGCGGGUCAAAUUCUUGGUACUCAUCAAACCGGCGAUAUACAAUGCGAUUUUGGGAACGCCCUGGCUGUUCGACAUGA